CAGAUCAUUAGAGGGAGAGGGAGAGAGAGGGAGGCUGCAGAUAUCGAUGGCAUUAACAAUGGAGCGUUAGGAUCCAGUGAGGUGAUAGUCAGCCAUACAACGGCUGCUGGGGGUACAGAUAUUUGAGGAGGGGGGCUCCUCCUCGGUGAGCACAGAGGGAGGAGGAGGUGGAGGUGGAGGAGGAGGAGGGGGCAGGAGGAGGAGGAUGGGCCUCGAACACAGACUUGCAAUGGCACUGCAAAAAUUGGAUUAAAGCAGUAUGCUGGACAAGAGCGAGGUGGCAACUCUAGGCCUACCCUCCACCACCAGCCAUGGAGGCUCUGACAGUAACAUCAGUGCGGACGGGGCGGGGGCAUCAGCAGCAGCAGCGUCUGGGGUCAUGGCCUGCGGAGGUGCAGAGGGUUUUGGAGUUGGCGAGCCGCAGCGGACCCGUGUUGCCUUAGAGCAUCUGCAGCAAAAGAUCCUAAAGGUCACCGAGCAGAUCCGCGUGGAGCAGGAGGCCCGUGACGACAACGUUGCAGAGUACCUGAAGUUGGCCCACAACGCAGACAAACAGCAGGCGUCCAGGAUCAAGCAGGUGUUUGAGAAGAAGAACCAGAAGUCAGCACAGACCAUCGCACACUUGCACAAAAAACUAGAGCACUAUCACAAGAAGUUAAAGGAGAUAGAACAGAAUGGACCGGCCCGGCAGCCUAAGGAUGUCCUGCGGGACAUGCAGCAGGGAUUAAAGGACGUUGGGGCCAACGUUCGUGCUGGGAUAAGUGGUUUUGGAGGUGGAGUAGUUGAAGGGGUCAAAGGUGGAGUAUCGGCCCUCACUCACACAGCCGUGGUCUCCAAGCCAAGAGAGUUCGCCAGUCUGAUCAGGAACAAGUUCGGCAGUGCGGAUAACAUCGCUCACUUAAAGGACUCACUCGAGGACGGAGUCGGGGGCCACUCUGAGGACGCCCCGACACCUCGUGCACUGAGUGGAAGCGCCACUCUGGUCUCCAGCCCAAAGUACGGCAGUGACGACGAGUGCUCCAGCGCCACGUCCGGCUCCGGAGCAGGCAGUAAUUCUGGUGGUGCAGGAGGAGGAGUGGGACUGUUAGGACCAACCAUGGGGAGCCCCAGACUGGACGGGCACCACCACCACCACCAUCACAUGCACAGCUCCUGGGACUCUCUUCUUGAGGGCCUGCAGGAGAUCAAAGCCAGCCAGGCGCACAUGGAGGAUGCCAUUGAGGACAUGAAGGGUCAGCUGCAGAGUGACUACUCCUACAUGACACAGUGCCUGCAAGAAGAGAGAUACAGGUAUGAAAGACUUGAAGAACAGCUGAAUGACUUAACAGAGCUGCACCAGAACGAGAUGACGAACCUUAAACAGGAACUCGCCAGCAUGGAGGAAAAAGUCGCCUACCAGUCCUAUGAGAGAGCAAGAGACAUUCAGGAGGCGGUGGAGUCGUGCCUGACGCGCAUCACUAAGUUGGAGCUGCAGCAGCAACAGCAGCAGGUCGUCCAGUUGGAGGGAGUGGAGAACGCCAACGCUCGAGCUCUGCUGGGAAAACUCAUCAAUGUCAUCCUGGCGCUGAUGGCCGUGCUGCUGGUCUUCGUCUCCACCUUGGCCAACUUCAUCACCCCGCUGAUGAAGACCCGAGCCCGGGUGGCCGCCACGGUCCUGCUGACCUUGCUGUUGUUCAUCAUGUGGAAGCAGUGGGACUUUGUGGAGACGUGGCUGCUGCCAAGCUGAGUUACAAACACAUUCGCCACCACUGAAGGAUCCAGAGACCGAAAUAGAAUGAGGGCCGCUGUACUUGUUGGGAGCAUUUGAGGACAAAAUGUGGCACUUUUAGAGGAGGCGUGGAAAAGAUCCAGCCUGCAGAGCGUGUUCAGACGUGUUUACAGUGAAAAAGAACUGAAAUUCUCUGCUUGCCAAGCAACAAAAGACAUCAUCUCAUCUCACCCGAAUCUACUGGUGUUGAUGACCAAUCAUCGACUGCAUCGCUGUCACCAAAAACUUUCUUGCAAGUAAUCUUUGGAUCGUCUUUUUCUAAUUAUUUAUGAUACGUGAAUUACAAAGACUAGAGUAACUUAAUAAUGACUUUUAAAUGCUGAUCAUAUUCGCCGUAACCUUCAUGUUGAAGCUAUAGAAUAUUUGAGAGGGGAAAGGUUUUUUUUCAUGAAUGUUAUGUGCUCAUGCAUGUCCUUAUUAUGUGCACUAAGAUGCAUCUAGCUGGCAUGAGUCAACAUUUCAUUAAUGACGAAAUCAAUCUUCUAUAACUGCCGUUUUGUUGUCAGAAAUACAGUGCAGAUAUGUAGUAUCUCAACUCGGUGUCACUCCUGGUUCGUUUCACAUCCUGUUCUGGUGCUUUUAGACGCAUUUCUCUCUUUUUGUCUUUUUCUUGAAGUCGAAUGAACUGUUUAAAAAGAAACGCUGAUACCUGCGAUAAAUUCACAUUAAUAAUUCAAGGAUGUAAAAUCUGUUAUGUCCAUAAAUGCUUUUAUUUCACAACCACUAUUGUAGAACUGCUACUAUCCACAGUGUCAAAUUAACUGGCAUGUCAAGUUGUAUAAAAGUUUAUAUCCAGUUUGCAAAAAAUAAUAUUUGCUGUUUUAUUAAACAAUGUAAGAAAUAAAUUAUUUCAUAUAUUAGGCUGA